AUGUCUUAUAUGCUGCAACACCUGCACAAUGGCUGGCAAGUGGAUCAGGCGAUCCUGUCGGAGGAGGACCGGGUAGUGGUGAUCCGGUUCGGCCACGACUGGGACCCCACGUGCAUGAAGAUGGACGAAGUCUUGUACGGCAUCGCCGAGAAGGUGAAGAACUUCGGUGUCAUAUACCUCGUGGACAUCACGGAAGUGCCCGACUUCAACAAGAUGUACGAACUGUACGACCCCUGCACUGUCAUGUUCUUCUUCCGGAACAAACACAUUAUGAUCGACUUGGGCACCGGAAACAACAAUAAGAUCAAUUGGGCCCUCGAGGACAAGCAGGAGAUGAUCGACAUCUUGGAGACCAUCUACAGGGGCGCCCGCAAGGGACGGGGUCUCGUCGUGUCGCCCAAAGACUACUCCACUAAAUACCGAUACUAG